AUGGCGCCUUUUUCUUCCCUCCUGCUGUUAGUUUCUUUGACAGCGAUCCUAGCUGCAAAGGAACUUUCUACUACAGACAGUGAUCGAAUCUCCCACUUAGAGGAUGUGAUUAAGACAUUGCAAGAGAUGCAAGAGAAGGAAAGGCGGGAAAACGCUCUUCAAAAUAAAAGGAUAUGGAAUCUUGAGGAAUCUAUGGCAAGAUAUGAGGAAGAGAAUGAGAAGUUAAAGACCGAAAAUGAAGACCUGAAAAUUAAACUCAAUCAGAUUGAAAUAUCAGUUGGGGAAAUGGACACCCAAGUGAAAAGACUGCAAAAAGAGAACAUCAGUUUUAUGGAAAAGGUUCAAUCUAACGGUAAAUUAAUAAACUAUAUUAAAUUUAAGGACUUGCUUUGUCAUAAACAAGGACUUGAAAAUUCUAUGCAGCCUGAAAAGUCGAUAUCCGUGGAAGUUGAAGAAACACCUAAAGUGACCGAGUCUCAAGUGAAGUCAAAAUCAUUGGGUUCGUCUCGCAAACGGCUCCUGACAGGAAUACCUACAACUCCUCAACCUAAUGGUGUUGCGUUUUCUGCCUAUUUAAAAACGUCCGAAACACAUUUAACAGAGCAUCAGACAAUUCUGUUUGACGGCAUCUUGACAAACAUUGGAGGCCAUUACAAUCCUCACAGUGGUAUCUUUACUGCACCUAUGCACGGGGUGUACGUUUUUACGUGGAAUCUGUACUGUAAUUCAAACGGAGGGUACAUUUACUCUGAAAUUGCAGUAAAUUCCAAUCCUAUUGGUAGCAUGUUAACUUCUUGUCAAGGAUCAACAGGCGUACAGUCAACCACAGGAAUAAUUGUGGAUGAAAUAAACAAGGGUGAUAUUGUUUUUGUUCGCACGCAUCCCAUUAAUGGUCAUUCCGGAAGUCUCCUUAGUCAUCCAGCUUGGAAAUCAACCUUUAGUGGUUGGUUAUUAUUUUGA